AUGCCCACACCACUCCCACCAGACCUGGUAGAAGCGCUCACCGCGCACCUCGGCGCCGUGCCGAGCUCGGCCAACCCGCUCGACGUGCUGGCCGCGCACCUGCCCUCGCUGCCGCCUGCGCUCGCGGCGCAGGUCGGCGCCCACACGACAGCGAAGGAACGCACGCGCAUCCCAGCAAUCAAGGCGCGGCGGGUGCUCUACGGCACUGGGUCCGCCCCAUCUUCCUCCUCUUCCUCCUCCGGCCCAAAUGCCAGGCUAUACGCACCCGGCGUCGCUGCCGUGUCCACCCCGCCUCCCGACCUAACAGCCGAGCGCGGCCGCCAGCGCUGGCCCUUACUGUGGGAACGGCUCGGCGGCGACCCCCGCCCGGCGGAGAGCACGACCGCCCAGGCUGACGAGGAACGCUGGGCCGGCGAGAGCUUCAUGCCUGGCUCUGACGCGUUCGUCGGCCGCCUCGGCCGCGUGCUCCGCGAGGACGAGGAGGUGCGCGAGUGGGAGGCGACGCGGGCGGCGCGCGCGGCGGAACGGCGGCUGGACGAGCAGGGCGAGGAGUUUGACGACAGCGACGACGACGAGGAUGACGUUGAAGGUGGAGCCCAGGGCAGCGGCGCCGCUGGGGCGCGGACGAACGGCGGCGGGCUGCCGCAUCUGCCGUAUACGGGCACCGGGGCGGCCGACCAAGCGGCCGUCGAGCGCGAGUUCGAGAAACGGCUGCUCGAGCUCUUCAUCGACGGGUUAGAUACACUCGACUACACCCCCAUCGACUUCUCGCCCGCCGACGACCCGAUCGCUGCGCGCGAUGCCGAAGACCGGUGGUUUGACGACGAGGCGCCGAGCGGGGGUGGUGUCGGUAAUGGGGCGAGUCGGGAUCGGGCGCUGGAGAAUGGCGAGGGGGAGUAUGAUUACUAGGCCGG